AUGGCCUCCGCCGACAUUGACAUGUUCCGGCCACCGAUCGCGCGUGGAAUGAAGGUGCUCGAUCGCUCCUUUUUCGAGAAGACUGUCCCUCUCAAAGCGCUCCGAAUCUUUGACAAUAAAAACAUCUCGAAAGUGCGAUCUCAACUCGGCAAGGACGUUCUCGUGCAGGAGCGACUGGCGAAUGUGUAUUCCGACCCCGAUCCCGAGCGUGCGCGGUCUGGGAAAAAGUGCAUUCUGCUUCGUCCCGACAUACAGGGCGGCGAGAAUGGCGUCAGUGACAAUCUGUCAACAAAGAAGGAUCCACCCGCCUCCCCAGUCCUUCGAGCGCUGCUGGAUCAACAACUCGUCUCGCUCAUUCCCUAUCAGCUACACUUGGACUACACCUACUGGACCUACCACGACGUCAUCUCAUCCAUCCUUCCCCUAGAAGCUCAAGAUGAGAUACCGUCCGGAUUUGCCCAGGUCGGCCACGUCGCUCAUCUCAACCUCCGAGAAGAAUACCUACCAUACAAACAUCUCAUCGCAGAGAUACUUAUGGACAAGAACCCGAGUGUGCGCACGGUGAUCAACAAGAUAGACGACGUGGGUCAGGAGAACGAGUUCCGGACGUUCAGGUAUGAAGUUUUGGCGGGCCCGGAUGACAUGAAUGUCACGGUGUCCGAGGCGAAUUGCACCUUUUCUUUCGAUUACUCAAAAGUAUAUUGGAACUCCCGCCUGCAGACGGAACACUCUCGUCUCGUGGCCUCUUUUACAGAGGGCGAGGUGGUGUGCGAUGUGAUGGCCGGCAUUGGUCCGUUUGCCGUUCCUGCCGGCAAGAAAGGUGUCUUUGUGUGGGCAAAUGACUUGAACCCAGAUUCUCACGCCGGCCUUGUGAAGGCGAUUGCGAAAAACAAGGUGGGAGAGUAUGUCAAAGCCUUUCACGCCGAUGGCAGGGAAUUCAUUCGAUCAGCGUCUUCUCAGCUUCUGGCGGAUGAGCACAAAGUUGAGAUACGAGGCAAAGCUUCAAGGACAGAGGGAAAGCAAAAGCCCGUUGUUCUGAAGACGCUGGUCCAGCCGAAGACGUUUCAACAUUUCGUCCUGAAUCUGCCGGCCUCUGCCUUGACUUUUCUGCCGAGCUUCAUCGGCCUCUACCCACCUGGACUGCGCGAGCGGAUACCCGUUGGAACCGAGAUGCCCAUCAUACACGUGUACUGCUUCAGCGUCAAAGACGAGCUGGUUUUGUCAGAGUCGCUUAAGGAAGAAGGAACGGCAGAUGAGGCAAUCGGCAGCCAAAGCGGUGCAAUUGAGUCGAUAUGUGCGGAAAUCAGCCAACAGCUCAAGUUCGAGAUGAAACCGGGGAGCAUCGAGGACAAAGGCGGUGUGGCAGUGUAUGAUGUGCGGGAUGUGGCUCCCAAGAAGAGAAUGUUCUGUGCCAGCUUUCGAUUGCCGGAGGAGGUGGCCUUUCGGGCGGAGUGA